AAUCGAAGCCAUAGGAGAAGACUCGAAUGCAGGCUUGUUUACGUCAGUCAGCUGAUCGGGGAAAGAGGUGGAGCCGCAAGUGUCAGUCUCCAUCCUGUUUCUCGUGUUUGGUUUCUUUGUAUAAGCAAUAACAAUGGAGGCCUCAACAUCCUCUUCCCAAGACUUGACCCAAGUUAAAGUAUGAAAGGAUUUCUGGAGAUCUGCGCGAGAUAUUGAAGAGAGAUGGAGCUUCCUGUAUUAAGGCCAAUUCUAAGCUAAUGAUUAUUGGAACAAACUGGGGCCGCAUUCAUGUGUUAGAUCACCAAGGCAACAAAGUAAAGGAAUUCAGUCCACACAGCAACCCAGUGACUAUGUUGGACAUGGAUGACAAUGGGGACUAUGUUGCCUCCUGCUCACACGAUAGGAAGGUUGUAAUUCAGGGUCUAUACACCAUGGAGAAUUCCCACAACCUAACAAUGGACUCUCCUGUGCGCAGUGUAGCACUUGAUCCCUUUUACCACAAACCUCGCUCUGGCAGACGCGGACAACAAAGGUUGUACUUUAUGAAAAGGCAAUGUUUGGACAACUGCGCUCAACUGUGCUGAGUGAGGGGAGUGGCCCAGCGAGAGCAAUGAAAUGGAUGGGACAGUUCCUCGCUUGGGCAACAGAUUCUGGUGUCAGAGUGAUGGACAUGAACACCAAAACUGUCAUUACACUCAUCAAGCGGGAUCAUAGCCUAGCUCUACCAUGUGACCAGUACCCACCUCACUUGUGCUGGCCAGACAGUAAGACUCUGAUAGUUGGCUGGGGGGACUCUGUCAAGGUGUGUCGGGUGAGGGAGCGCUCUGCAAACCCAGCUACACUUACACCUGGAAUGAUGGAUCUUCCCCCAUACUACCUGGAAAUCGUCUACAUGUUCACCACUGACUUCUAUGUAUGUGGAGUUGGUCCUCUUGAUGAACACUUGGUAGUCUUGGCCUACAACAAGCAGACUGACCUGUCCUUGGCCAGCCUUGGGGUGGACUCACGAAGGCCACAGAUGCGAGUGCUGGAACCCCUGCAGAGGACCUUUGAGGAGAUUUCAAAAGAUGUUCUUGGUAUUAGGUGCUAUCAGGAAUAUAAACCAGCAAACUACCAUCUUGAAUGCUUAAUUGAGGAUCGGCAGUUCUACAUCGUGUGUCCACAGGAUGUAGUAGUUGCAAAACCCAGAAGUUCUGAUGAUCGUAUUGAGUGGCUCUUAGAGCAUGAUAAACACAAGGAAGCUUUAGAGCUGGUGGAGACCUGCCGAGAUGUUCAAAAUUACACAGUUCUCAGUGUGGGUCGUAUUUAUUUGGAUCACCUGAUGGCCAAUGAUCUAUAUCAAGAUGCUGCCAAGCUAUGCACUCAGAUACUUGGCUCAGACAAAGUGCUAUGGGAGGAAGCUGUGGUGCGCUUUAAUCGAGUCCGUCAGUUAAGAGUUUUGAGUCCUCACCUUCCCCUGGGUGAAGGUAUCCGCUUGGACCCAGGUGUAUACCAGACUGUGCUCCUUGAUCUUCUGAACACAGACCAUCCUGCUGAAACACAAAGAUGUUUUUUAUUUAAUAAGUCGCCACAAUCUCUACGCUUGUGUGGCCAAGCAUGUGGUGGAGCUUAUGACACUUGACUCUGCUGCAACUUUGGACAUUUGUUGCCAACAUAUCCACAUUAUCCCUCCAGACAGUGUUGUGACUUCACUGACUGCACACCCAAAUUAUCUGUAUAAGUAUUUGGACACAUUAUACGAGCGACGACGUGACAUGAGUGCUAAAUACCACAGCCAGCUCGUGGCACUAUAUGCUGACCAAGAUCGAAGCAAGUUGCUGCCCCUGUUGCUGACUUCUUCUUCAUAUGAUCUCAGUGAGGCUCUAGAGGUGUGCAGGAUGCGUUGCCUCACCACAGAAACAAUACACCUCCUUGAUCGAAUGGGCAACAGUAUUGAGUCCCUACAAUUGAUUCUGGAAGAAGAGCAAGAUAUACUGUGGGCCAUUCGCCUCUGUAAAGAACAUGACGAUGCCGAUUUGUGGAACCGUCUAAUUGAAUAUGCUCUUGAUAAGCCAGAAUACAUCAGAGAAUUACUAAACAACAUCGGCACUCACAUUGACCCUCUCAUGAUCAUCCAACGAAUACCACGUGGUCUGGAAAUUCCUGGUCUGAGAGAUGCCCUUGUCAAAAUUCUUCAUGAUUAUCAUCUCCAGAUCUCACUAAGGACAGGUUGCCAGAGGAUACUUGUUGCUGAUUGUAGCAAUCUUCUGAAUAAGCUUGUGUCAACACAAAAUGCUGCUCUUCCUGUUUAUGGUGAUACAAUGUGCCCAGCAUGCAACAAGAAAGUUUUGCCAACCAGUCGAGAGGAACAAGGAAGCAUUGUGGUAUUUGCCUGUCGCCAUGCAUACCAUCAGCUCUGCCUUCCUGAUGGCACAGAACAGGAAGUGUGUUUAUUGUGUAGGAAAGAUAAGAAGAGAAGUUUCCUCUUGUCUUGAACAAGACAGGUUUCUUCGUUUUAUUGUAAGCAGUUGGUCCGCAGUGUCAAAAGGAAAGCUAACAAAAUUUGAAAAUGUUUACUUCAAAUUUGUGGGAGGCCCUUCAGAAAUUGUUAAUUAUGUACAUAUAGAUGUAAUUUUUAUAACAAAGUAUAGCCAGAAUUGAUAUGUAAAUAAUAAAGUUAGAAUGUAAGUUGACACAAGGUGCACAUGUAUGUAUGCUUUGCUAGUGUUGCUACUUCAUAGUAUGCAUAUUGAUGAAAGAAUGAUUUCUACUUUUUUUUACCCAAGAGAUUAACUGCUUUUUACAGAAGCUGAACAGUUGAAUUCUUAUAUCCCUGCAGCUUAUUUCCCUCCCCUGAUUUUACAGGGUUGAUAAUAACCCCCACACACACUUUAUAGAAUGGUCAUUCCAUCUCCCCCCCCCCCGCCUGCAUUUUGGAAAGGUGUAUCAUCACAGUAGGAUUGGAGAUAUAGCACUGUAGAAAAACUGAAGUGUAUGAAAACGUAUUUUCACGUUUCUUAAACUAUGUACAACUUGUAAAUGAAGAGAUUAAAAGUUUUUAAUCAUAUGUAUGCUUGUGAGAUCGUGUUUGUUUGGUGACGUACAGCACAUCAUUUAAUAGGUGAGUGGGGGGCCAGCUAGCCUGUAGUUUUGGUUACAUUACAGUUACUCUCCAAUUGUCUUGGCAUAUCGAGAUUGGCUUCGAAAUCUCGGGAACGGAAUAGCUCGCCUUGUAAAAAUCGCCGGAGAGGAAAAAUCUGGUCAGUGUGUCUACGUGGGAGGGGAAGGAGGCGUAGGAGGGGUGGCUGCAACUGCUUGUUGUACUUGUAUUGUUUAUAUUAAACAAAAUGACUAUAUAUAUACCACAGCCUACAUGAUAUGUGAAAUGGAUAUGUUGUAGACAUCAAUAAAAUUACAAAAUCAGCAA